UUUCUGGCAAUCAGUGCUACUGAAUCUCAUGAAAUCUUGAAGAAAAAAAAUCUUCUCUGUUAGGUGGGAGCAUUAAGCCUCAUAAUUACCAAAUGCGAUUGACUUGCUCUGGAACGAAUCAUGAAGAUGAACGACGGGAAGUCGCGCUAAGCGAACGGGCCGUAACCGAAUCAUCGGUCGCAAUGUCGCGUCUUAUUGCGGGAUGCAUCACCUCCAAUCGCAUCAUGGCACCCGUAUCGAUGCCUUCAGCGCUCACCUUUGAGCUGCUGGGGAAGUGCUCAGUGACCAAAGCACGCGCCGCAACGCUGCAUCUGCCUCAUGGCCCUGUACCCCUCCCCAUCUUCAUGCCCGUUGCGACGCAGGCUUCCCUCAAAGGCCUCACGCCAGAUCAACUAGAAGACCAGGGAUGUCGGCUAUGCUUGAACAACACAUACCAUCUAGGUCUGAAGCCAGGACAGGCGACACUUGACGCCAUAGGCGGCGCGCACAAGCUGCAGUCAUGGCCACACAAUAUCCUUACAGAUAGCGGUGGCUUCCAGAUGGUAUCGCUACUCAAACUCGCCAAAGUCACCGAGGAAGGCGUCCGCUUCCUCAGUCCCCACGAUGGGUCACCCAUGCUGCUCACGCCCGAACACUCAAUAUCCCUCCAGAACUCGAUCGGGUCCGACAUCAUUAUGCAACUCGACGACGUUAUCGCGACCACCUCGCCCGAUCAUGCGCGUAUGAAGGAAGCUAUGGAACGUUCGGUACGCUGGCUUGACCGCUGUAUACAAGCGCACAAAAACCCAGAGAAGCAGAACCUCUUCUGCAUUAUACAAGGAGGCUUAGAUCUAGACAUGCGACGGGAAUGUACGGCUGAGAUGGUCGCGCGAGAUACGCCAGGCAUUGCGAUAGGAGGCUUGUCUGGUGGUGAGGAAAAAGCGGCUUACUGUGACGUCGUCAAGACAUGCACCGAUCUGCUACCUGAGAAGAAGCCUCGAUAUGUCAUGGGCGUGGGCUACCCAGAAGAUUUGGUCGUGUCCGUAGCACUUGGCGCGGACAUGUUCGACUGCGUUUGGCCAACCCGCACGGCUCGUUUUGGCAACGCCAUUACUGCCCACGGUGGCCUCAACCUACGCAACGCCGCUUACUCUGAAGAUUUUGGCCCUAUCGAGGAAGGUUGUAAAUGCACCUGCUGCCGUCCAAUGUCCGAAGGCGGACUUGGAAUCACGAGAGCAUACAUCUAUCAUGUUACCGCCAAAGAAACCGCCGGAGCGCAUCUUCUUACAAUGCACAAUGUGCACUACCAGCUCAAUUUGAUGAAAGAGGCAAGAGAGGCCAUCAUACAAGAUCGAUACCCGCAGUUCGUCAAAGACUUCUUUAGCAAGCUGCACAACGGAGAGAAGGAUAAGUAUCCUCUAUGGGCAGUCGAUGCGCUUCGAGGUGUUGGCGUAGAUCUACUUAGCUAGUAGACGGGCAGAAGAUGUUCGCGCUGGCAAGACGCAAAACUCGAUCUCCUUUAUGAUCCUUUUGUGAAGGUUCUUAUUGGGGCAGGGUGAAAGCAUUAGUGCUAAAAUCAUGCGGUAUUCCACCAGCGCAUAUUCGAUCUAUCCUGAACUAGAAUGCUAAUACACGAGCCAUACGUCGACUCUAUGACCCGUACUCUGGCGGGCUCCAAAUCUUUGACGACCCAAACGCCGGAAUGAUCUUUCCAAUCACACCACUGA